AUGAUCGAACGUGGAACUCCUGUCCUGAUCAACUUCAGAACAGUUGCUCAAGUCACAGCGCUCCUUCUCAUCCUUGCGAGCCUUUUCACAUCGCCUGAUUUCAAGGUCGACGCCUGUCGACAUGUGGCACCAUCUGCAGCGGGCUCAGUGACUCAGCUUCGCAGUCUCUGGGAUGUCCCGGAUGGUAUGGAGCCUAACAGAACUGAACCAUGGAAGUUGGCUGUCAAUGCCUGGUUCAAGUCACAUCUCCAGGUAUAUCAGACGUGA